CUCGCGGAGUGGGCUGUGACUGCAGCCGCGUGUCCGUGCGCGUGUGCGUGUGACGUGGAGAAGGAGUGUUUUGAGCUGCUGAGACCGAGGACUCACCGAGCGCGCUGCCAGUGAGAGGCACGCGCCGUAGUGGACGGUUGUCUCGCGCCGUGGACAAAGGACUCCGUGGGACUGGCGCGUGGGAACGCAUGGCUCAGACGGACUAACCCACGCGCGGACAGGAGCUUAUGUGAGCGGCUUGGGUCCUGUGCUCCAUGUCAUCCACGCGUGAAAUGUGGCGCGUGGGAGUGCGGCGCUGGCUCUUCGUGGCGCUGUGCUCCUGCGUGGCCCGGUGCCGCGGCGGGAACGUGACGGUGGCCGUGAUGCUGCCGGACAACCAUCACAAGUACGCGUGGGCCUUGCCGCGCGUCCUACCCGCGCUGCGCAUGGCGCACGAUGACCUGGCGCGGCGCGGACUGCUGCUGGGCCGCUCCGUGCGCUUCCUCAACUUCAGCACCGAGGACCCCGCCGCGCGCUCGUGCGCGGAGAGCCGCGCGCAGGUCAUGGCCGUGGACGCCAAGCUCAACGUGCGCCCCGACGUCUUCUUCGGCCCGGGCUGCGUGUAUCCUCUGGCCUCCGUGGGCCGUUUCGCGUCCCACUGGCGCCUGCCGCUCUUCACCGCGGGCGGCCCCGCGUUCGGUUUCGACAACCGGGACGAAUACCGCACCAUCGUGCGCUCGGGACCCUCCACCACCAAACUGGGCGAGUUUGCCAACGCGCUUCACGUGCACUUCAACUGGACUCGCGCCAUGGUGAUCUACUACGACCUGCGGCAGGACGACCGGCCGCACUACUUUCUGUCCGAGGGCAUCUACCUGAACCUCAAGGACGAGAUGAACGUGACGGUGGAGGCGAAGCCGUACCAGGACGAGCACAAAGUUUACCGCGCAGUCAUCGGCUUCAUGCGCGAGCACGGCCGCAUCAUCUACAUCUGCGGGCCCCUGGACACGUUCCUGAUGAUCAUGAAGCUGUUCCAGAGCGAGAUCAGCGACCCGGAGAACUACGCCAUCUUCUACCUGGACGUGUUCGCCGAGAGCCUGCAGAGCCAACGCCGGCCCUGGCACAACGCCGACCCGGACUGGGCCGACCCGAUCCAGCUCUUUAAGUCGGUGUUUGUGAUCACGUAUCGGCCCCCGGACAACCCCGAGUACCAGGCCUUCCAGAGAGAGCUCCACGCUCGAGCUCACCGGGAGUUUGGCAUCCACCUGCAGCCUUCACUGAUGGAUUACAUCGCGGGCAGCUUCUACGACGGCUUCCUGCUGUACGCCAUGGCCCUGGAGGAGAAUCUGGCCGAGGGCGGAGCCAUGAACGACGGCAUCAACAUCACCAUGAGGACGCAGAACCGACGAUUCUGGGGAGUGACCGGGCUGGUGACGACCGACGAGAAUAACGCCAGGGACAUCGACGUGGACCUGUGGGCCAUGACCAAUCAGGAGACGGGAGAGUACGGGUUAGUGGCCUAUUACAACGGCUCCACCAAAGAGAUCCUGUGGUCCCAGACGGAGAGGAUCCAGUGGGCGAGCGGAGCACCUCCUCUGGACGACCCGCCCUGUGUGUUCUCCACCGACGACCCCUCCUGCAAUGACGGUCAGCUGCCGGUUCUGGGGAUCGUGGCCGUGGGCUCCGGUCUGGCUCUCAUCAUCUUCGGCAUCUCCAGUUUCCUCAUCUACAGGAAGCUGAAGCUGGAGAAGGAGCUGGCGGGGAUGUUGUGGAGGAUCCGCUGGGAGGACCUGCAGUUCGAGAGCCCCAACAAGUACCACAAACGAGCGGGCAGCCGGCUCACCCUGUCCCAGAGAGGCUCCAGCUACGGCUCCCUGAUCACGGCUCACGGGAAGUACCAGCUCUUCGCUAAAACCGGCUAUUUUAAGGGGAACCUGGUGGCCAUCAAACACCUGAACAAGAAGAGGAUCGAGCUGACCAGACAAGUUCUGAUGGAGCUCAAACAUAUGCGGGACGUCCAGUUCAACCACCUGACGCGCUUCAUCGGGGCCUGCAUCGACCCCCCCAACAUCUGCAUCGUCACCGAGUACUGCCCCCGCGGGAGCCUCCAGGACAUCCUGGAGAACGAGAGCAUCAACCUGGACUGGAUGUUCCGCUACUCGCUCAUCAACGACAUCGUCAAGGGCAUGAACUACCUCCACAACAGUUACUUCGGUUGCCACGGGAACCUGAAGUCGUCCAACUGCGUGGUGGACAGUCGCUUCGUCCUCAAGAUCACCGACUACGGCCUGAGCAGCUUCAGAUCCUCCAGCGAGAACGACGACACGCACGCACUCUACGCCAAGAAGCUGUGGACUGCCCCGGAGCUCCUGUUCUACGACCGUCACCCGCCGCAGGGCACACAGAAGGGCGACGUCUACAGCUUUGGCAUCAUCCUGCAGGAGAUCGCCCUGAGGAACGGGCCCUUCUACGUGGAGGGCAUGGACCUGAGCCCCAAAGAGAUCGUGCAGAAGGUGCGUAACGGGCAGAAGCCGUACUUCCGGCCGAGCACGGACACUCGCUGUCACUCCGAGGAGCUCACCAUCCUGAUGGAAGGAUGUUGGGCCGAAGACCCACAGGAGAGACCCGACUUUGGACACAUCAAGAUCUACAUGGCCAAACUCAACAAGGAGGGCAGCACCAGCAUCCUGAACAAUCUGCUGUCUCGCAUGGAGCAGUACGCCAACAACCUGGAGAACCUGGUGGAGGAGCGCACGCAGGCCUACCUGGAGGAGAAACGCAAGGCCGAGAACCUGCUCUACCAGAUCCUACCACAUUCUGUGGCGGAGCAGCUGAAGAGAGGAGAGAUGGUUCAGGCCGAAGCGUUCGACAGCGUCACCAUCUACUUCAGCGACAUCGUGGGCUUCACCUCCCUGUCCGCCGAGAGCACCCCACUGCAGGUGGUGACGCUGCUCAAUGACCUCUACACAUGUUUCGACGCCAUCAUAGACAACUUUGACGUCUACAAGGUGGAGACGAUCGGGGACGCGUACAUGGUGGUGUCAGGGCUGCCGGUGCGGAACGGGAAACUCCACGCCCGCGAGAUCGCCAGCAUGUCUCUGGCUCUGCUCGAACAAGUCAAGACCUUCAAGAUACGCCACCGGCCCAACGACCAGCUCCGACUGCGCAUCGGCAUCCACACAGGGCCGGUGUGCGCGGGCGUGGUGGGGCUCAAGAUGCCGCGGUACUGUCUGUUUGGAGACACGGUCAACACGGCGUCGCGCAUGGAGUCCAACGGAGAAGCUCUGAGGAUCCACAUGUCGUCUGCCACCAAAGAAGUCCUGGACGAGUUUGGCUACUUCGAUCUACAGCUACGAGGAGAUGUAGAAAUGAAGGGCAAAGGGAAGAUGAGAACCUACUGGCUCCUGGGGGAGAAGACCGACGUGUACGUGAUCUGAGCCCACGUCUUGUUCCGAUCCUUCUAAAAUCAGGAACACGAGCUAUUUUUACCAGCUGUUAUUGUAAAAGUAUCGUUUUGUAUGAAGGAGCGCCGUCCCAGUACUUUUCACAAAUGAGAUCUUAUUUUUUGUGCUUUCUAUAUUCAGAAUUUGUAUUGUAUUUGGAAGUGGAUGAUGUGAGAGUAUUUCCUUAUGUCAGAUGUUCACACCCGAGGAGGUUUUUGGGGGCACAGUCCGACUGCAGGGUCACACAGUACAGUUUGUAUAUAUGUAUAU